CCCGCGGGGCAGAGCGCUGGUCCCGCGCCGAGCAUCGCCCUCGCUCCGUCCGCAGCCGCUUGUCUCCCACCACUGCAGCCAUGGCAAACAAAGGCCCAGCCUAUGGCAUGAGCAGGGACGUGCAGUCCAAGAUCGAGAAGAAGUACGAUGAUGAGCUGGAGGACCGGCUGGUGGAGUGGAUCGUGGCGCAGUGCGGGUCCUCCGUGGGUCGCCCCGAGCGGGGCCGCCUGGGCUUCCAGGUCUGGCUGAAGAACGGCAUCGUGCUCAGCAGGCUGGUGAACAGCCUCUACCCCGACGGCUCCAAGCCCGUCAAGAUCCCCGACGCGCCGCCCACCAUGGUCUUCAAGCAGAUGGAGCAGAUCGCCCAGUUCCUGAAGGCGGCCGAGGACUAUGGUGUGACCAAGACAGACAUGUUCCAGACCGUCGACCUCUUUGAAGCCAAGGACAUGGCGGCGGUGCAGAGGACGCUGAUGGCCCUGGGGAGCCUGGCGAUCACCAAGAACGACGGGCACUACCACGGGGACCCCAACUGGUUCAUGAAGAAGGCGCAGGAGCACAAGCGGGAGUUCACCGAGAGCCAGCUGAAGGAGGGCAAGAACAUCAUCGGGCUACAGAUGGGGACCAACAAGGGAGCGUCACAGGCGGGGAUGAGCUACGGGCGGCCCCGGCAGAUCAUCAGCUAGGCACCCCCCCGCCGCCCCCAGCCCUCCCCAGCCGGGACCUCCGUCUCCGCUUCCCCCCGGCCCAGCGCCGCAGCCGCCCGAGCGUCGGCGGCCGCCACCAGCCCCGCACCGAUUGGUAUUUAUUGAGGAGCAAACGCCCCCAAACGCCAGCCAAC